UGUAGACUUUUGCUAAAGUGUAAGACUAAAAAGGCUAAAAAGGCCAACAUCAACAAGGUAUAUUAUUUUUUUAGAGGAAAACAUGUUCUGACUUCCUCUUUUUAUAUCUUCUCCAGUUCUCGCAAACUCAAACAAACAAAUCAUUUGUUUGUUCUGGACCGACAGCAUACUGAAAAUAAGCCUAUCCUACUAAGGCUUCGUUGUAUUUCAAAUCACAGCAAAAUUUUCCUGGACACAAUUUGUGAUGCUAAGUUGGUGGAAAUUACAUCUGAUCUGAUUGGUCCAUCAGUGCGUUACAUAAAUCAAGAGAAAGUCAACUUGAAACCACCAGAAAGUAGUACCUCAGUUAUCAGAUGGCAUCAGGAUUGGGCAUUUUUCCCCUAUACAAAUGAUAGUCUGGUCACUGUUUGCAUAGCCAUUGAUGACUCUACCAAGGAGAAUGGAUGCCUUCAAGUUAUCCCGCGUUCACAUAAAGGUCCCCUAUACUCACACUUCCAAGACAAUGCAUUUAUAUCUGCUAUAACAGACCCUGCCUUAGACUCUAACUCUGCAGUCCAUGUUGAAGUUCCUGCAGGUGGGGUGUCCUUUCAUCAUGGCUUCACAGUCCAUGGUUCUUCUGCCAACAUGUCUAGACAUUAUCGCCGUAUGCUUUGUUUUAACUACAGCUCAGCAGACAAUUGGCCUCUUAUUGGUGUUGGAGGGCAUGAGUUUACUAACCAUGGUCCAGUAGACUGGGAAAGAUACUGUUCCACUGUGGUUAAAGGCAAACCCAGUUUAUUUCCUCGCAUGCAAGCACUGCCUGUCUCUAUUCCCAUUCCUUUUGAUUCUGGUUAUGACAUUUAUGAACAUAGUAAAUCUAGUGAUGUAAGUGAUCCUGAAAAGUGGGAAGCAUGAAUUUCAAGUGCAGGGGUGUCCCAAAAGA